GGAAUGCUAACAAUGUAGCGAAUGUCCCACUUGGGUCGGCGCGUCGGAGCGGCGGCGCGAGCACCCGAGAAGAUGGAGCUACUGCUGUCCGCGCCGCCGCCCGGGACGCCCGAGUCCCCGCGGGGUCACCAGCCGCUGCCACCACCGGCGCCGGGUCCCCUGGCGCGCCAGGGCUCAGAGCCACGGACGAGGGCGCCCCCACGGCGGUAGACCGAGCCGAGAUGGUGUUUCUCAUCAAAAUGAAGGCUCUGGAAACUUUUGGGUUCUCUAUAGAAAUUAAAGGAAAGAAAAUGUUUAAAAGGAAAUUAUUUUGAAACUAUGUUUACAACUAACUGAUAUCUGCUCACAGUUUUUACAAAUAAAACUCUUUAAGAAGAUUGUAUUUAUGGUAAGAGGAAACUGGACUAACAAUGAGGCCAAAGACUUUUCCUGCCACAACUUACUCUGGAAACAGCCGGCAGCGACUGCAGGAGAUUCGAGAGGGGCUGAAGCAGCCCCCCAAGUCUUCCACUCAGGGGCCACCUGUAGGACCAAGUGACACUUCCUUGGAUACCAAGGUCCUGGGGGGCAAGGAUGUUGCCCGGCAGCAGCAGUCAAGAGCUGCCCCAAAGUUCGGCCCCUACCAAAAAGCGUUGAGGGAGAUCCGGUACUCCUUGCUGCCCUUUGCCAAUGAAUCAGGGCCCCCAGCUGCUACAGAAGUGAACCGACAGAUGCUGCAGGAGCUGGUGAACGCGGGCUGUGACCAGGAGAUGGCAGGCCGGGCACUGAAGCAGACAGGCAGCAGGAGCAUUGAAGCUGCCCUGGACUAUAUCAGCAAGAUGAGCUACCUGGACCCGAGGAAGGAGCAGAUUGUGCGUGUCAUCAAGCAAACCUCCCCAGGAAAGGGCUUGGCACCCACCUCAGUGCCACAAAGGCCAAGCUUUGAAGAAGCAGAAGAUCCUUUUCCUCCCUAUCAUCCAAUGAGUGGGGCCUAUGAGGGCAGUGGUGCGCUGGAGGAGGUGCCCCGGCAGUACAUGGACUAUCUCUUUGCUGGCACCAAUCCCCACAGCGCACCUGGUGGCUCCCAGCACCAGCCCAAGGGCUACUCUGCAAGUAUGGAGGCUGCUGGGAUAAACUUCCCCGUGGCUGGGCCUGGAGGUCAAGGCCUCCCCCUGCAGGGCCCACACUACAGGCCACACCUGCCGGUGCCCGGGGAGCCCCUGAGCUACAGUGUCCAGCGCAGCCCAUCCUUCCAGAACAAGGUGCCACCAGAUGCUGUGGGGUAUGCCAGUCUGGCUGCCAAGGGCCCAGCUGGGCAGCCAGGGGCUGGCCACACCUUCCAAGCGGUGGGGGCCACAGCAGGUUUAUAUGUGCUGCACCCACACCACAAACAGGCCCCCCAGGUGCACACGAUGGUACCCCCACAGAGCCUCCUGGCCCCCUCCAGGAAUAGCCUCAAUGUGGACCUGUUUGAAGCUGGCAGUGCCCCUGUCCAACCGUGGCCGGUGCCCACCCUGGCCCGGCGCAACUCUCUGCAGAAGCAGGUGGCAUUCCGGCCCGAAGGCACUGUCCCCAACAGAAGCAGCUCCUUCAACAGCCACCAGCAGCCCAUGGCCAUGGCUUCCCCCAACACCAUCACGGCAGUGACAGCAGCUCACAUCUUGCACCCAGUGAAGAGUGUGCGCGUGCUCCGGCCUGAGCCACAGACAGCUGUGGGGCCCUCCCACCCGGCCUGGGUGCCUGCAACCACCCCAGCACCCGAUGGACCUGACACUACUGAUGAGCACCCCCUACCCUUGGUGGGUGCCAGCCCCUAUCCACGGGAUGUGGAUGUGAGGUGCCCACCCCCGCCUUACCCCAAGCACCUGCUGCUGCGGGGUGUAGCUGAGCAGGUGGAUGUGGAUGUGGACUGCCUGUGUGCAGGGCUGGAGCAGAGGCUGCGGGGAAACCCCUCUGAGCCCCCUGACAGGGGCCACAAAGGCACCAAGGUAGAUCGAGCUGGGAAGGAUAAGAAACUGAUCCAGACAUCUCCUGUCCCAGUUCGCAAACAUAGCCGCGACGAGGAAAAAAGAGAGUCUCGAAUCAAGAGCUACUCGCCCUAUGCGUUCAAGUUCUUCAUGGAGCAGCACGUAGAAAAUGUCAUCAAGACCUACCAGCAGAAGGUCAACCGCAGGCUGCAGCUGGAGCAGGAGAUGGCCAGAGCCGGACUCUGUGAGGCUGAGCAGGAGCAGAUGAGGAAGAUCCUCUAUCAGAAGGAGUCUAAUUACAACAGGCUGAAGAGGGCCAAGAUGGACAAGUCCAUGUUUGUGAAAAUCAAAACCCUGGGGAUAGGUGCCUUUGGGGAAGUAUGCCUGGCGUGUAAGGUCGACACUCAUGCUCUGUACGCCAUGAAGACCCUAAGGAAGAAGGACGUCCUAAACCGGAAUCAGGUGGCCCAUGUCAAGGCUGAGAGGGACAUCCUGGCUGAGGCAGACAAUGAGUGGGUGGUCAAACUCUACUAUUCAUUCCAAGACAAGGACAGCUUGUACUUUGUGAUGGACUACAUCCCUGGGGGUGACAUGAUGAGCCUGCUCAUCCGGAUGGAGGUCUUCCCCGAGCACCUGGCACGCUUCUAUAUUGCAGAGUUGACUCUGGCCAUCGAGAGUGUCCACAAGAUGGGCUUUAUCCACCGAGACAUCAAGCCAGACAACAUUUUGAUAGAUCUUGAUGGUCACAUCAAACUGACAGAUUUUGGCCUCUGCACUGGAUUCAGGUGGACUCACAACUCUAAGUAUUACCAGAAAGGGAGCCACAUCAGACAGGACAGCAUGGAGCCUGGCGACCUCUGGGAUGAUGUGUCUAAUUGUCAUUGUGGAGACAGGCUGAAGACCCUGGAGCAGAGAGCCAAGAAGCAGCAUCAGAGGUGUCUGGCACACUCCCUGGUUGGGACCCCAAAUUACAUUGCGCCGGAAGUGCUCCUCCGAAAAGGGUACACUCAGCUCUGUGACUGGUGGAGUGUUGGAGUGAUUCUCUUUGAGAUGCUGGUCGGGCAGCCACCCUUUCUGGCCCCCACUCCCACAGAGACCCAGCUGAAGGUGAUAAACUGGGAGAACACGCUCCACAUUCCAGCCCAGGUCAAGCUGAGCCCUGAGGCCCGGGACCUCAUCACUAAACUAUGCUGUGCUGCUGACCACCGGCUGGGGAGGAACGGGGCUGACGACCUGAAGGCCCACCCAUUCUUCAUCACCAUUGAUUUCUCUAGUGACAUUCGGAAGCAGCCGGCCCCCUACGUUCCCAAGAUCAGCCACCCCAUGGACACCUCAAAUUUUGACCCAGUAGAUGAAGAAAACCCUUGGCAUGAUGCUAGUGAAGACAGCACCAAGGCCUGGGACACACUCACCUCCCCAAAUAACAAGCACCCUGAACACGCAUUUUAUGAAUUUACCUUCCGAAGGUUCUUUGAUGACAAUGGCUACCCCUUCAGAUGCCCAAAGCCUUCAGGAGCAGAGAUGUCACAGGCUGAGAACUCGGAUUUGGAAAAUUCCAAUCUGGUGGAUCAGACUGAAGGUUGCCAACCAGUGUACGUGUAGACAGACUUGACACUGACACCGAGCUUCCUCAGGCCUGGGUACUUGUGGCUGGUUCCUUAAAAGGCCUGAUGGAAAGUUCGGGGCAGCUUUAUUUUCAGUUAGUUCAUUGAUUACUUCACUUGAAAUUCUAGUCUUCACCAAAAAACCCAAGACAAACAAAAAUGCUUUUUAAAAAAGGACUCCAGUCUAGCAUAUCUUCACUUCUAGAUUCUGGUUGAUAAGGGGGAUGGUUGUAAACAUGGCUUUGAAUCAGCUUUUGAGGACCUUCACUGCAUUGAAAGAAUUUUUUUAAAAUUUAGUACAGUUUAGAAAGAGCACUUAUUUUGUUUAUAGUCAUUUUUAUUACUAAACUAUAGGGAUUAACUCUGACAAAUCGUGCUGCUGUUAUUUUAUACAUACAUUUGUAUUUUAUUACAGCACUUACAUUUAGGAAAAGAAAAUUAAACUGAAGAACGUGAAAAGAAAUCUCUGUGCAAUAACAUAAAAAUAACACUGUUUUGUUGUUACUGAUACCAUUUUAUUCACACAGUGGUUUUUGUUUUAUAUUUUUUUCCCACAUUUAAAAAUUGUGAUAUGUUAGAAGCUGCUUUUUUUAUUGCUUUUUGCAUAUUAUAGUAUAAUAGGCAGUUCGUGAGCAAGGUGACUCCAUGGUGUGACUUCUGAUGUCUGGUGUGUAGAGUGCUGCAUGAGCUGGGCUUUCUGUUAUGAAUGACUGUGUCUUGCCAUUCACAGCAGGUUCUGUGAAGAUGUUUUUAUACAGUAUCUAUAAAUGAGACAUAGACAGUGUGUGAUGACAUGGGUGGAUGACCACUGUGAUUGUAUCCCUUACUGUUUUGUUAAAGAAAUGCAAGUAUGAAACUGAGAAGUGACUUCUGUGUGUGUCUUGGGUAUGGUUGGAUUCUUUGGGGGCUAAAAUUAAGCAUUUGUCAUAUACUAAACUCGUGUGCUUCUAAAGGGAUUAAUUUAGCUAUGCCAAAAAGUUUGAAGUUAAUCAUGGAACUUGGUCUCACCAGUCGAUCCACUCUCUUGUUCUUGGCAUAGCUGACGUGUGGGGUCCAAUAGCUGCCACCAGACAACCCCACCGUGAAGUCUGCCUGCCACCAUUCCUCGAGCCGCUGAGACAGCUGCAGUCUCGCCAUGUUGAAAUUUAGUGAUCUUGGCAUUCUUUCACUUUUCUUUGUUUUGGUGUGCUUUGAAAUGUCAGCCUUAACUUGGUUUUUUAAAAGUACAUUUUCCUCAUCUUUGUAAAACAGCAAGGGUUAUUCAGUGACAUUGGAAUACAAAUAAAAAUGAAGCCAUACCUAUUUUCUUAGAUGUGUAGAUAUAUAUAUAACUACAUAGAUAAACAUAUAAAAUAUUCCUUAUUUCAAAUUAGUAUGAGUCCUAUUUAAAAUGAUUUAUAUUUCAGUGAAAAGUUUAGUUCUCUUGCUUUUUAAGAAUCCAAUGCAUUAUAUUUUCAUUAUAUUAUUCCACAUAUUUUUCCUUGACAUUUUUAGCAUAAUGUAUUCAUUAUUUAGUAUAUAUCUAGGCAGUAACACUUAUAAGUUUAUCAUGUCUAAACUAUAAAAAAAAUUCUUGUGUACUGGUUUACAUUUUGUAUGAAUGAUAAAUCCCAACAUCUGCUGUGCUUGUACCAUGACUGUCAGUAUUUCUGCAACUUUACAGUAAUGCUGUGUUGUUAUUUACAGCGCUCUGACACACUUUUAAGUGGUAGGUUCUUUCUCAGGAACUCAAUUUAACUAUUAUUUAUUGAUAUAUCAUUGCCUUUGAAAAGCUUCUAUUGGCACAAAAUAUUAUUAAAAUUUUGAAUACAAA